AUUUUCCUAGCUCAAUGUUUAACAGCAAAUGGAGACGGUUCUCCACAGAGUUCGACCUUAAUAAAACUGAAAGCUUAUGGAGUAAUACACAUGAUAGCCUUGACGGGAUCUUCGGAGAUAACCUCAUGCCACCUAAACCUAAGAAAAUAUUUAUAAAUCCCAAAAUUAUCCGGAACAAAGAUCUCCUGCAGUACAAUAAUAAAAUCAAAGAGAAGGUAAAAUAAACAAAGAAAGGAUAUCAAACUUCACGACCGAAAAACAUUAGAAGCCAAAAACUCUAGAAUGAAAAAGCUCAUUAGAAAGUACAAAACAAAUCGAGAGAGAACUGAACAGAGGGCUUUUAAGAAGGAAAAUGAACUUUCAUUAAGUAUCGAGGGAAAGAAACCGACAAAUCAGUUCAGGUCGUUCAACAUCCAAUCGAUAAAUUCUAUUAAUACUCUUGAACCCAAGUAUUUAAAGAACAAGUCCUUUGGAAUGUUCACUACUAAGAAUAAAUAAGUCUGUGAGGUUUAAGCUGCAUAAUCCUGAUCCAAACCCUCAACAUGUAAGAUUGAGCAAGAAGAUGGAGAAUUUUAAAGGUGCUAGAACUUCAAUUAAGCCAUCUCAGGUCACAAUCCAGGCAUUUACUAAGAACCAGGGGCUAAACCAGGAUUUAGUUUUCCAACAGCAGCAGAUUAAGAGAAAGAAUGAAGAUCUGAAUUAUUUUAGACAUGCAGGCACUGCAAACAAAAAAGGCUCUACCUCUUCCUUUGCAGAUGAAGAUGUAGAUCCGAUCUCUGUGAAGAUGAACUCAAUUUUUAGAAAGGUUAACCAAGUAAGCCCUCACAUGCCCACUGAUGCCAAAGAUCUUGGUUUGAAUGAAUUUGGGUUAAAGACAACUCCUUUCUUCAAACUAAAAAUGGAUGAAUCAUUCCAGGAAGCUCUUAAGAGCAAUAAAGCUUCAAAAGAACAGAACAUGAUCUAUAAAGACUCUCUCCAAUCAAGAAGAAGUUCAGAAGAAAGUGACUUGUUUAAUAAAUUAUCUGAGAAACUUCAGAUGCCUCAUCCUACAUUAAAGUCUAAGAUGACAGCAAAGGCACUCAGAAUGAGCUCCUUUGAUAAAGACUUUAAGAAGGUAAUCAAUGGCAUAAUUAAGGUUAAUGACAAGAGGAUUAACUCCCAUUUAAAGAGCUUAAAGGUAACCAAAGGUAUGUUUUCUAAUACCUCGCACAAUAAGGGAAGAAUCCGUCUUCUCCACAAAGAUAAAUAGUCGUCUUCAGCAAAA